AUGCUUUCCAAAGUUUGCGUGACUAUUGGCCUCAUCUUGGCUGGAGCCCAGGCUCAACAGGCUGCCAAUUGCCAGUACCAGUCGCUCAAGUGUGGCUCAGUGCUGCUUGCUGCCCCAUACAGCUAUACUGUUGAGCAACUUACUGCAGCUGUGAACGACACUGUGUCGAUUCCCACUAUCACUACGGCUCAGCUAUCCGCGACCCUAUUUCACUGCACCGAUAUCCUUGGAACAAUCACUGGAAAUGCGUACUGCUUCGCGGGUUGUGACACCAAGCCCGGUGUCAGGAACGACCAGUGCGUCCUGUAA